AUGGAGGGGAAAACUUCCGCAAAACGCUGGCUUCUUACCGCAAUUUCUCAGCCUACUGGCUACUCCCGAUCAACACAGGAGCAAGUACCUGUAAUAUUAAUUCAUGUGGAUGUCGAUAAUACUAUGAUUGCAUCAUCUAGGUAUGCCAAAAAGGCGACGCAUGCCAUAAAAGGGGAGCUGUUGGAUACAUCUGCAAAAAGGCUUGCCUCUCACAUAUUAGCGGAGACAACGUGGGGGACAAUAAAUGCCAAGUCUGGAGGAUGGUUGCCGGGCAUUUCGGGUGCUCCAGCACAAAAUGAAGAACGGUUGUCGUUUGGCGAUUACUUGCGCCUUCGCUACAAAAGCUCUGCUAAGCAAAUAUCAGAUGCAAGUGUUGAAGAGGCAGAACAGCACCUUCAGGCCUUCAUGAGUGGCAAAAGCACUAAACAGAUGCGGCGCCAAGCUGGAGGCAAUGCACGAGGCCAUACAACAGAUGGCGCUGCAGCAAGUCUUCUUGAAGACCACAGAAAACUCUUGAGGCAUUUAAUGCUUCCACCCACUGUAUGCGUGGCAUUAGGUUGUGAAUCCCCAGAUCCGAACAUGGUGCUCGGUCGUGAUGACGGCGUCGUAAGUUUGUGA